GUGUAGGUGAAGUGGCAAAAAGAAAUGUGCAGCUGUUUCGAUCACAAGUACAAUCACGCUCUCAUGACAUACCUAUCGAUUAACUUGUAUUUGCUCAUUCGAUUCAAAUCGAUAGAAUCGUUAUACCUUCUAACCUGUUUGCUUUGCGUGCGAUCGAGAAGAGAAGUGAUUGACUAGCAAGUUAGCAACGUUUCUGUUAUUGUUUGCACUUUCAUAUUCCAGUUAUUCCAUGGUCCAGUUACUUAGACAUAUUGCUUAUUAUUUUUGUAUAACAAUGAAACUGUGAAGUGCACUAUAUUGCUAGGGUGAUAUAUGAGAUUUCUCUUAAAAUGGCUACCGUAUUCGAUAGUCCAUUUAUCAGACAACGUUUACAUCGGUUACGGCAUAGAGACUUCGAUUUAGAUGAAGAGCAGAGGUUCGGCAGAUGUGACUGCACUAGUUAUUCGUAUUUCGUGCUUUCUAUGGUCCUUUUUUCCGUCGGAACAGUUAUAACAGUCCUCGCCUUGGGAGAUGCCGAUGGGUACAUCUUGAGUAACUUAGGACACAUGUGGCUAGUGGGACCAAUAUUUAUCUGUUCUGGAAUGAUGGUAGCCGUGAAAAGUAUGUUAUAUCUGCGUAGAAAAAGUGUAAUACAAAUGCUGCUCCACCAACGUGCAAUAAUUAGGGACAUGGCAGCAGUUCAAGCUGAACAAUCCUACAGCGGCCAGGUCCCCAGGACAGCAUCCAGUGCCACCCUACCUCCGUCCUACGACGCCUUAAUAUCAAGCGCUGCUCCAAGUAAACCGCAACCAUCAAGCUCUGAACCUCCUCCGCCUACUUAUGACGAAGCAAUGUGUCUCAUUGAUGAUGGAAAGAUUGCAGGACGAAAUGACGACGCAAAGGAGGAGACUAGCAAUCAAAGUAAUGACAGCGCCAAGCCAUGAGGCAGGCUUGCAUUUGUAAUAUUUGUUACUUCUAGCAGAGACCCGUUAUUAAUAAGGACUGCUAAUUUCCAUACAAUUUCCAUUACCCCUAAUUUUGCAAUGUUAUAGGACCUAACCUCUGACCCUAUUUUUGCAUUUUAUCCAAGAUUCAUUUCUUUAUGAUUCUUGAGGAGGUUAACAUUGAAACCUUGACUUAUUUGUGCAAAAUUAAGGGUUUAUUUCUCACUGGACUUACUGCAAGUCUAGACUUAUUAUUUUGGAGGAUUGCAUUUUGUAUCGAAAUCAGUUUUCUUUACCAUAUAAAUAUCUGCAUCUAGUUGUUUAAGGUUAACUUAAUCUCCUUGUAUGUACUUAUUUACAUGCAUGUAUAUACAUUGGUUAAUUAGUAUUCUCUAUUGUGCCUAAAAUUUAAUUAUAGUUUCUAUUUUUCUCCGUGAGCUUCUACGGAUUAUCGUCUUAUCUAUUGUUUAAAAACCGCAAAUAAAUAAAUUCAAUAAACGUUUUAUUUUUUUUUCAUAGUUGCACGCGCCUUUGCGGUUUUUAAACAAUAGAUAAGACGAUAAUCCGUAGAAGCUCACGGAGAAAAAUAGAAACUAUACCUAGUGGUAUUGCUAACUUUUUAUACAGUGACGAAAACUUAUAGAAAUAUGGAAUAAGUUUGCAUAAACAUUAAAACGGGCUGUUUUGCAAGGUCAUGUGUAAUUGACACGUAUUUCAAGUAGUAUUGGCCAAGACUCAAAGGCUGAAAGGUUAUUCUGUCUUUGUUGUAGUAUCUGUAAGAAUUUCGGACGCUCCAGGAGUGACCUUGCUGCCGAGGUUUUCCUAGGGGCUACCAUAUGGGGUCCUUCAAAAAAGGAGUGUACAGGUUUUUAAAAGGCCUGAAACGCGCAUGUAAAAUCUCUGGUAGUUGCAGGCGUCCAUAGACUAUGGUGACUGCUUACUAUCAGGCGGGCAGUACGCUUGUUUGCCCUUGACAUGGUAUAAAAAAAACAAACAGAAAAUUAGCCCUUCACCUUUAAGUUUAAAAUAAGGUAGUGGGAUUUAAGGAUAGUUUAAAACUACACUACAGAAACAGAAUGUGUGCUGAGUUUUAAGUUGCUUAUCACAAAUGUAUAGGCUUUUAAAAUUGAAUUUAUCUAAUACGGAACGUCUUCAACUAAUAAGAAUGUUACAUGAAAUGAACUUGCAAAAUAGGUCAUUGCCAACAAUGCCAUAUGUUUACUUUAAUCUUAUCUCUAAGCCUACAACAUACUUGGCUGUUGUUUGCCAACAUGGGUGACAGUUUCAUUUGCGAUAUUAGAGAAAGGGAUGCAAGAUUAGGCGUGAAAUGCAAAAUUUAUGUUAUAUCCCAAUGAUCAAAUGUAAGAACAUUAUCUUCCAGUGUGGGUAGGACGUCAUUUAAUUUUCACUAGACUUAAAUCGCUUGGACCGUGAUUACCUUUUGUAUUGUUUUCGAGCUCCCGAUAUUUUUUCGAAGUUACACCCGGACGAUUUUAGUCUUGUGAAACUAUCCGUGAAUCGUUCCAAACUGUCGUUAUUUAAUUUUGUUAAACUUUGUCAUAGGUUCCCAAGUUAACAAAGAUGUAUUCAUUCACAUUUGUUCCUGCCAAUCCUGCCCCAUGGGAUGAGAAGCAUGAGGCAGGAACAGUUGGGAAAUAUUUCCAUCUGUCCCUGCUGGAAAAUAAAUGGGAAGAAAUUUUUACUUGCACCUGUGAUUUGUAGUAUAAAAAGUGGUUUUUGUUGAAUUAAACUAUUUAGUAUUGUUAUGUUAUUCCAUUUACAUGUGAAUACAAAUUUUAAAAUAUAGUUUAAUUGAACUAAAAGUAUCUAUUUGGUGAUACAGAUCUAGCUAGCACAUGAAAAAAUGUGUGUGGGGUGUGGUGUUUGAUGGGAAUAUUUUUUCUCAUUUGUUCCAAUCUUGUCAUGGGAGUAGAGACAAAUGGGAAUAAUUACACCACAAAGAUGACAUUUCCCUUUUUGAUCCGUGUGAUAUGAGACCUUCAGGAAAUGAGAUCUUUGAAGACUGAUGCAUUUACGUGAUGACUUUUGCCAAUUUUACUGAACAACACAUUGAUUGGAUAUGUCUUAAGAUGAUUGUUGAUCUGAGAUGAAGAUAUUAUGUAUACAGUGGACUGGAAUAACCUGAGAUAUUCUAGCAGUCUAUUUACAACAUAUAUCUAAUGUUACUCAAAAACCGAGUUAACACAAAUACUGUGUCAUUGACUGUCUGUUUUUGUUAUCAUCAUUGUAUCAUAUACUGAUUGUCAUUGUGACGUCAUUAUACGGUCACGUCUGAAAAUAUCGAUACGGACAAGUGCCAAAAAUAUGUACACACUACCCUAAUAUAUGGGCCAUAAGGUCGUGUAUACAUAUUUUUGGCACUUCGAUCGUGUCGAUGUUUUCAAACGUGACAAUCUCUUACAAAUAAAUUUUGAUAACUAUCAGUUUUAUACAAUUUGUGGCCAAUUUGAAUUGAAACAAUAGGAUAAUUUAUGACUUCAUUAAUUUCAGCAAUAAUUUGUAAUAAUAUGUUGGGUUAUUCCUGUCCACAAUGUAUAAUAUUAUUAAUAUUAAUAAAUUUAUAUAUAAAAUUGAUAUUUCUAAGCUUAAUACUUCCUUUAAUAUAGGAUUACUUACUGCUGUCAGGGUUUUUCCUACUUUUGUUAAUAAAAUCCAUUGUAAAAUUUGAAGUACUUAAUUAUCAAGCAGGAAAAAAAACUUUGCCUAUUAUGUGCCUAAAUUUAUAUUUAAAAUUAGUAUCAUUGUUAAGGCAUUAUCAUUGGUGAUAAGAAUUAGUUAAUAUCUGAAUAACAUUUUAACCCUUUUAACGCCGAAAACCUUAAAAGGCGUCACAUGUAUGUAGUCGUUCCCGCCCCGCGUGACCGCGACCAUAUAUUAGGCGGGAACAGACGGGAAUUAUAUGUAGCGCCUAUUCCCAUCUGCACCCGGCGGGGAAUAAUGGGAAUACACCCCUAGAACGUUAUUUAAAGUUGUACACGCUACUUUUUUUCCUACUCAGAAUUUACAUCAGAAUAUUGUUAUAUUAUUUCUUUCAAUUCAAAUAGAGAAAAGUGUCCCUAUUUUUUUAAAGUUUUACCAUAUUUAUGACAGUAAAGGAAUGGAAGGAAAAAUAUAAGCAUGAAAAUGUUGAGAUUUCUUUUUCUCUUAUUAGAAUCGAAAGAGUUCGUGAUUCUGGGUAGAAGAUUCAGCAUAAAAAUAUACAAACUAAAUAAAAAAGUGGUGUGUACAGUCGCCAUCAGAUAUAUCUGAGCGGCUAAGGUGCUCAAAAAUAUAAGAAAUUGCAGUGACGAGACCUUAAUUGAACUUGAUUCCCGCCGGCAUGCCUAACUUUUUAUCUGUGUAUGGUAAGGAACCGAUUUUUAAGCCAUACUCUAUACAGCACAUCCAAUACCACAAUUUUUGACCACCACACACAUGAAAGGUUAAGGCAGCUGAACCCUUAUCUUACAACUCUUUAUAUACUUAGCCAAAUAAGGACCGGCGAGCACUGUAAACAGAAAUAGCCGGGUCCACACAGAGCGAGGAAAACGCGCCAGUGUAGACGUGCCCCAGCUGAGGCGGCGCGCUCAGGCGAGGAAAACGCGCGCGCCGCCUCGGCUGAGGCACGUCUACACUGGCCGGUUUGUGCGCAAUGAAAUUGCCUCGCGCGUAUACUCGCUCUAUGUGGACCCGGCUAAUGGUUUACUUUACACUGGACAUUUCAUACCGUUAGUAUUAAAAAACCAAAUAAGCUUGAGCCCUAAAUUGAUCAAAAAUUUAACGCCCUAAAUUGACCAGUCUUUUAUUAACUGUAUUAAUUAGAGAAUAAUGGGUAGUCUAUCUUGCGCUCGAGAUAUAGUUGCGGCAUUCUCGUGCUUAGCCUUGUUAUAUACAGUUGUAUAAAUUUACAUUAUAAAAUUAUUAUGUUGCCACGUGCCACCUACAUCAAUAAUUACAUUAAUAGUUAAUUUGUCUCCUAAAUCAAUUUUACUAUAUUUAAUCGAAUUAAAUGAAUAUAGGAGGGGAAUGUUCUUUUUAUGAGUUGAAAACGACUAGCAAUAUGGGUUAAAACUGUCUGGUUACAAUCCUUUGUCAUUGUGCGGUCACACAUUUUUAUUGUUGGUCCAAGGUUCAAGCUAAUUUGGUUGUCAACACUAACGGUAUGAAUUUAAAUGUUCAAUGUAAAGUAAACCCUAAAUGGCUCAACAAUUAAGGUUCGUGACUGUACAGACGAGUUCAUAAAUAUGUAAACAUUUCUUCACCUUAAUCCUUUGCGAUAAGGUGAAAAAUGUAUACAUAUUUAUGAACCCGACUGUACGGUCACGUCUGAAAAUAUAGAUACGAAUAAUGUACCAAAAAUUGUAUACUCGACUUUAUUGCCUAUAUAUUAAGGUAGUGUAUACAUAUUUUUGGCAUAUUUUUCGUAUCGAUAUUUUUAGACGUGACUGUACAUACGCUAUCACAAGUAUCUGUACUAAACAAGGAGCUAAAAAUAUCUGAAUAGGAUAUACCUUUAUUAAAGAGUAGUUUAGAUAUAGUUCAGAGCACCUUGUUUGCUCAAAUUUUAAGAAAAUGGUGCCUUGAUGAUCUAAUUUUGUACUUAUCUCUGGAAGUCUUCAAGAUAUCUAUGAAGGCAAGGAAAGUAAUCUCUUGUUGCGUGUCUAGUCGAGCCAGCAAAACUUAAUGCAUAAUGCAUCAAAACAAGGAGAAAUAGUAUGAUCUCUCCAGGACUAUGUAUUACACCAAAAUUAUAUACAUUUUUCAUGGGUU